ACAACAAGCAAACGUCACUUUUGACUUUCUGUAUUCCUUUUUCCAUGAAUGUUAAAUCUAACAAACACAGUGCUUUGUUAUGUUUUUAUAAUAUAGGGAAUUGAUAGCUUAGUUAGAAAUUAAGUAAAAUGGCAGAUUUUGAUGCUAUAUACCCAGAUGAUCUUGAAGACGCUGAGGAAAAUAUAGAAGAGACCCAUGUGACGUUAGUGCCUGAUCCGAUAGUUGUACGAGGGGCUGGAAACAUGACAGUAUUUGGUUUAAGCAAUCGUUUCAACAGCGAGUUCCCGUCCGGGCUGCAGUCGCGCGUGGCCCCCGAGGAGUACCGCGCUACGGUGGCGCGCAUCAACAGCGUGCUCAAGAAGACGCUGCCCGUCAACGUCAAGUGGCUGUUCUGCGGCUGCGUGUGCUGUUGCUGUACCUUAGGAUGCUCUCUAUGGCCGGUCAUAUGCCUUAGUAAACGGACCCAGCAUUCUCUGAACAAACUACUGGAAUGGGAGAACAGUCGACUGUACAACAAGCUGGGUCUUCGCUGGCGGCUCACGAAGCAGCACUGCGACUCGUCCUCCAUGAUGGAAUAUGUGCUGCUCAUAGAGUUCAUACCCAAAAUACCAAUCUACAGGCCCGACUAAGUGCCUACAGUGAUAUAAACGUGUAAAUAUUGUUUAACCGCAUUAACAUAACACUGUCAUCGCAUCAACAAUAACAUUGCAUGGCCAAGCCAAUGAAUCUGUGUUAGAUACCCUUUGUAAGGAUUAGGGGAGAGUGUUGAACUACUCUUUGUUACAUGAUGGUUCCAUUAUACUGGAAUGGUUACAAAAAUAAUCUGUAGUUGAUGUGCUGUAUAUUGUAAAUAAGCGUUCUGUAUUAAGGAAGGAAAAACGGUAUUGUUACUUGCUUUAUGUGUAUAAUUGUCAGCUAAAAUGGCAAGCUUAGAGUGCAAAUUUAAAUGUAACAUGUAUAUAUUAUUGAUAUUGAAAUUAAACGAAAACAAACGCUUACGUAGCGAUCAUCGCGUUUACUUUAGGUGUUAAUUGCGAACAUAAUGCUUUUCUCUAUACUAUCGAUAUCAAUCUCAUGCAGUUAAUCGAUUGUCUAUUCGAAUAUUAAUUAAUUAUAAUGAAUUGUAUCUCUAAACUUCAGAUACUUUUAUAUGUGAAUGUUGAUGUUAUUUGCACGGCUACAAUGUAUGCUGCUGAAAUUAGAAUAUUCUUUGUAAGUUACAGUGGCGAUUGGGGAAAACAAUAUAAUAUAAAGGUACUAAUGCAUCAAUGCGGCCUGCAAAUCGUUCUAAUAAUAAUUAGAUUCCACAUAACGGACGCGGGCAAGAAUCGGGUUAUAUGGUUCCUUCGCCACUGAAGUUAUUACAUCUAUUGUCAAUCAUAAGUUUGUUUGCGUAUAUCAAUGACAAUUUAUUUUCCACGAGAUUUUUAAAUGACCACGUCCAAACACGCUGUUUAUCUCAUCAUGUCUUAUUCAUGAGACAAGAUUCGAGUUAAACUUUCUCGUUAUGGGUUUUGUUAUGUUUAUAUUCAUGUGCUGGCUAGUUCUCAUACUUCAGAAUUUACUUGAGAAGUAUAUAGCAACUCUUUGGCUGAACAAUUUUUUAUAUGUCAAGUAUUUUUUUUAACAAUUUUGGUAUUGGAUUGUUUCCUUUUUAGAUUAUACGUGAAUGCAUAUAGAAGAAAAAUAAAAUACAAUGUCAUUAAGUUCAUUGGUGUGAUUAUAAAGCUAGUAGUUGUAGAGUUGUACUCGGCAAAUUAAUCUACUGUUUUUCGUGCGCCCAAUUAGUUGUUAUUUAAUUUCCAUGCAACACAUUUCCCGCUCCGCUAUAAUAAUGACCGCUAAAACUUCACGCAGUACCUACGUCAGUUCUAUUUCUGCAAACUUUUUAUUGACGCAGUUUCAUUGCUGUGGGUCAUAAUUCAUAAUAUUCAUUGUUCUCACAAUUCAUUCUAAUUGUCGUAAUUGUCCGUUCGCCUGUCGUUUGUUUGUAUAGCUAACAUUUUAUUUCGCGUCCACUCUUUUGUAUAUUGUUUACGUAUGUGAUGUACCUGAAUUCCGACAUUAAUGUCAGUUGAAUGAAGCCAGACCCAUCAGGGCAAGUAUUGCGAGCCGAUCGUGUGAAGCACUGCGGUAAUGUUCGGGACUGUGUUAUUAGACAAUUAGCUUUUAAUGUUAAUGGAUACGUUUAACACAAUAAUUCUCGCCCUCUCUUCUCUUUUCAACAUGUUGUGAAUGAGGAUUUUUGUACUGUGGAGAGCCCCGUUGGCCGUCGCUGUAAUUUCACUAUGUGUGUACUUCACGUAAUAAAGUUUCAUGGAAUAGUAAUUUGUUCAGAAUGUUUCUUGCCACCGACGUUUUAAUUUCAUACUGUUUGAACGCAACGGUUGAAAAGCGAACAGGGUAUGUUGACAUUAAGUUGUAAUUAAGGAAUUGUAAAUAUUUUAAGAAGUUAUAGAAAUUAUUUUUGUUCAAAUAAUAAACUUCACUGUACGUGAUGAAA